CUCGCCACAAAAACAACAAUCAGCGCUCGAUGCAGAAUUAAACAAAGAGUAAUUUUUGUUUUUGGGCCUCACAACGGGCUAACAACUAUCAAGAUGUGGAUACAGCCCAAGGAGCUGCUUUUGCCCUCGGCAUUUUGGAUUGCCGAGAUGCACUCGAGAUACUUCGUCCUGCAGAAACGACGUAGUCAUGGCGAAUCCCGGGGCUUUGGAUCCAUAUUGGUUGGAACCUACGACAGCAUGAUGAACACUAAACCGGCUCCAUACCGCAUUCUCCACCAGACGCCCUCGUCGGAAGUGUCUUACGAAAUCGCAAUAGGCAUCACCCAGGAUGAAAUUGUCAAGGAUUGGGAAUGGCUUCAGACAAAUCUGUUUAAAGUGCUCGACGAGAUGGAGAACGAGGACGAGGUGACAAACUUCACCAUAUGCAAAAUUCAGUCGCUCUACACUCAAAACAAUCAAGAUGACACCGGCGAGUCUGCUGAUUUCAAGGUGAUGACUUCACAAUUCAGGCAGAUUUUCAAAAUGCCUGAGGAAGAGCAACUGGUUAACUCCUACUCGGCAACAUACGUGAAAAACAAAAUCCCGAGACAGGGACAGCUCUACAUCUCAAUGAACCACGUGUGUUUUUACUCCUAUAUGCUGGGCCAGGAGAUAAAGCGUAUUAUUCGCUUUGCAGAGCUGGAGGACAUCAGCCGAAAUGCAAACACAAUUUAUCUGAAGACCACUAACAACAUGACAUACAACUUUACAAUGCUCUUCAACGCCAGCGAGGCGCAUCUACUGAUCGAGCAGCUCAAUAAAAUGGCAAUUCAGCAACUAAUCCACGAUCCCGAUAGCCCUGUGGUUGAUCACGAUCCCUCGAAUUUCGCAAGGUUGGGAAAAAAAACAUCGAAGAAGCCCGUGCUGUUGCGCGAUUUGACAGCUCGCCAGAAAUCCGAAGAGUUUCGAAUUUAUUUCCGACUGCCGCAAUCGGAGAUAAUUGAUGGGAAGAUAAAGGCGAAUAUCUGGACACCUUACUCGAAGCGAUUUAAUUCUGGCUUUAUCUAUCUGUCGCCGAAUUUCCUUUGCUUUCGUAGCGAUGUCAAGGAUUUGGUCAGCGUGGUGAUACCCAUGAAGACAAUUAAGAGUGUGGAAAAGAAGGAUGAUGGCCAACAACGGUUUGAAAACCAAAUUGUAAUUAUUACAUCAGAGAAUGUGCCUUUCAUGUUUGCUCAUAUCGUGGACAGAGAUGUACUGAUCUCCAAGAUUACAGAUCUACUCGCAAGGAUCCAUGUCCCUGUGAGUCGCGAGCGGGCCAAAUACGACAUCUCGUGGAGCAAACAGACCGCUUUGAUGAACACAUACAAGACUCAGUUCAGUUCAGAGAUUGUGCAAAAACAAGAAGAGAAGAUGUUGCGUUGGGAAGCACAUUUUCGUGACUUUGGUCGAGGCAUUGGAAUGUUCCGCACCACGGACGUGAUAAAUCUGAUUGUGGAGGGGAUUCCCGAUAAACUGCGCCAGGAGAUCUGGCUGAUCUUUUCGGGGGCGAUUCACGACAAAGAGAUGAAUCCGGGACUUUACGAGGAUCUGGUUGAGAAGGCAGCCUGCAUUAAAAACUGCUUUGCCCAUGACGAAAUCGAUCGGGAUUUGCCGCGUUCGCUACCGGAGCAUCCGGCAUUCCAGAGUACCGAUGGUAUUGGAGCACUGAGAAGAGUUCUGCAGGCCUAUGCGCUGCGCAAUCCGCAGGUGGGUUACUGCCAGGCCAUGAACAUCGUGUCGUCGGUGUUCCUGCUGUUCUGCGAUGAGGAGAACGCCUUCUGGAUGUUGGCCAGCCUGUGCGAGAACCUACUGCCGGACUACUACAAGGAUAAGGUUGUGGGUGCCCAGAUUGAUCAGGGUGUUCUCAACGAGUUGGUGGAGACGCAUCUGGCCGACUUGCACGGCCACCUCGAGCAGUUGGGAGUAAUCAAAAUGAUCUCCAUAUCCUGGUUCCUUACCAUCUUCAUGAGCGUUAUCAGCUAUGAAAGUUCGCUGCACAUCCUUGACUGCUUCUUCUACGAGGGCGCCAAGAUCAUUUUCAUGAUCUCGCUGCAGAUUAUCGAGUGGAAUAGGGAUAAGCUGCUGCAAUGCCAAGAUGAUGGCGAAGCCAUGUUGGUAUUGCAGAACUACCUGGAGGGUAUCUACAACCCGGAGUACCAGGUUCCUCCAACGACAGACAAGCGGAAGAUGGAGCGCAAAACCCAAACGCAAACCGUUCAAACUUUGAUCCACGAGGCGUACACCAAGUUCGGCGAGGAGAUCACCCAGCAGCGCAUCGAGGAGCUCCGCAACAAGCACCGCCGAUUGACUAUGCGGCAGUUUGACAUUGACAACGAGAAGACCAUUGUGAAGGCCUACGUCCAGAAUCCGUAUUUCAGCCGAAAUGAACUCCACAUGUUGCUCACCAUCAUUCGGGAGGAGAAGCACGCUCUGAAAUCCUUGCAACAGCAGCAGCAGAAAGUUCAGUGUCCGCUUUCCGAGACGCCGCAGCUGGUUCCGCAGUCACCAAGUCGUCCGGCCCAGGACUCGAGCACCUUUGGAGGCCGAUACGAAGCCUAUAGUGUCAACUAUGAGGUGUUUCAUACUCUUUUUACGGAGCUCACACCCUGGCGCAAGUGCGUCAGCGUGGAUAUCGGAGAAAAGUUGUUUAGGCUUACCGACAAGCGAGGUACUGGUUUUCUAGACUUUGGGCAGCUUAUAAAUGCGCUGGGUCUUGUUUGCUCCACCAAGAGUAUGGAGAAAUUGAAGCUGCUGUUUGUGCUGCACCUGCCUCCUCUUUUGUCCAAAGCGGAGAUCGAACGAUCUCGUCGACCACGUCCGCGCACUAAAGACGAUGCCGAGGAGGCCUUUGAGGCAGAGGAUUUCUUCGACAAUGACGCCUCUGAGUCGAUGGAGGCGCUGCCCUCGCCUUCGGAUCACAACUUUGAUGCUGACGACUUUGCCCUGAUUAGUGCCACCCAGCACCUGCACAAUCUGGCCGGAAUCUCGGGCAACACGUUCAUGGACCUGUCGCGUACACCCAAUCUCUCGCUGAACUCCAACACCUCUUCGUUGGCGCAGCGCAGCUCGACCUUCUACGUGGACCUGCCGGGACUCCAGGGUACUGCAACCUCCACUGAUGCUGGGCGGGACGAAGACGAGGCCCCGAGAGGGUUACGCCAGCAGGGCCGUUUCGAAUCGAUUGACACAUUUUCGGAUAUUUCAGAUCUGGGAGCGGCUCGCAUGACGCCGCCCGGAGCUGGAAUGGGAGCGGAUAUGGCAGCCGGCGCAGCCUCGGCUGCGGCCGCCGAUCAAAUGCUUCUGAAUGUCGAGACUAUAUCGAAUUUCUCACAGAUCAGCGACCUGGUUGCGGCCACGCGACAAGAGCGCGCCGACUCGACUGCCACGGACUCGCGGAGUCUGGGCAGUCUCGGUUAUUUGCUGGACCAGCCGGACGAGGGGGCGUCUGGUUCGCAACACAGCAUUCCGCACAUGCGUAAGGAGAAUUUCCAGCUGCUGUGGCGCAGCAUAAUCGAGAUCAUGGGACUGGUGCAGGAUGAAGAGAUGCAAAGGGCUUUUGAGAAUCUCUUGGAGAUGGGCAACAGCAACAUCAAGAAGGAGCCCAGUCUGGAGAGCUUUACUCAGCUGAACUUGGGUGGCAGCGGGGAUGAGCAACCGGAUAGUAAUGGUAAUCCUACCACUCCCGCAGCAGAGCCCAUCGGCACAACCAGGCUUUUUGUGGCUCUCGAGGAGGAACUGCGACAGGCGAGCGGCAAGGCCAAGGCCACGACGAGCAGUGGUGAGAGCAGCAGCAGCAGCACAAACACCUCCGAGUCCUGGCACAUUUCCAUCAGUCAGUUUAUCGCCACGGUACUGACCGUCAAUAGCGUUGUUAGAGGUUUCCAAACACCCAUCCAGAUUAGCGAGCAGAUCGAGCAACUGCAAAAGAAGCGACGCAAGUGUUUGUCCACCAAUUACUGAAUAACCAUAGUCCCCAUCCUAUCCCCCACCCAAUUCCUAGCCACAAUAAUGUAUUAGCCAUAUAUGGAGCCCAACCGAUCCUUCAUCCUUGUGCAAUGCGGCAAGCUUUUAAUCGUAUCCAUGUUUUAUGUAUGUAUAUUGUAUUGCCUCUACAGUUAAGUUAAGACAAUUGUUUGUGAAUAUAAUUCUAUUAUUCCUAUU